GGGACGGGGUCGGAGGGGGAACUGGCCGGGCGGAAGAAGUCGAGCCCGAAGUAUUUCCGGUUCCGGUGUCAGUUAGAGGCGCCGCCGCUGCAGCCGCCGGAGCCGCGAUGCCUAAAGGAGGGAGAAAGGGAGGCCACAAAGGCCGGGCAAGGCAGUACACGAGCCCCGAGGAGAUCGACGCACAGCUCCAGGCUGAAAAGCAGAAGGCCAGGGAAGAAGAGGAACAAGGAGAAGAAGGUGGAGAUGGGGCUGCAGGUGACCCCAAAAAGGAGAAAAAAUCCCUAGACUCAGAUGAGAGCGAGGAUGAAGAAGAUGAUUACCAGCAAAAGCGCAAAGGUGUAGAAGGGCUCAUUGACAUUGAGAACCCCAACCGGGUGGCACAGACAACCAAAAAGGUCACACAGCUGGACCUGGAUGGGCCCAAGGAACUUUCAAGGAGAGAAAGAGAAGAAAUCGAGAAGCAGAAAGCAAAAGAGCGUUACAUGAAAAUGCAUUUAGCGGGGAAGACGGAGCAAGCCAAGGCUGACCUUGCCCGGCUGGCGAUCAUCCGGAAACAGCGGGAGGAGGCUGCCAGGAAGAAAGAAGAAGAGAGGAAAGCAAAAGAUGAUGCCGCUUUGUCAGGAAAACGAAUGCAGUCGCUCUCCCUGAAUAAGUAGCACGGCCUGUGGGAGGAGAUAGCAGGGAACUGGGCCGUGCUGCCAGGACCUCUGCCGUGUCUCACCCACCCUGUGCCCCGGCGCCACUGCAGCAGCCCCUCGCGGCAAGGAGCCCCCCACGGCUCCUCUUCAUCUUGACACAGAAAUCGUUUGGGGGGAUGGUGGGUGGGGGGAGGGGCAGCUGCUAUCUUUGAGACAGAAAGAUGCAGGACAGCUGCAUAUGUAACCAUUUGAAUGUUUUGGCUGUUUUUAGAAUUCAGAACCCUUGUGGGAGGGGGGGUGCCUGGGAGGUGGGGUAAGAAGAGCUUCCGUUUGUCUGGUCGAUUGCGGGGCAGGGGACGGUUGAGCCGCAGUAGCUGCUGACAAGUUUGUGAUGGACGGCCCCCUGUCUGUGUUGCCCCGGCGCCCAAUUGGGGGGGCUGUCGCCUGGGAGCCAGGGCCCUGGGUCUCUGAGGGUCAUGGCUCAUCCCCAGUCAGUCCCCUCUGACUGAGGCUUCGCUCCUGACCUUCCCACCCUACUCCCUACCCCCGACUCUGGCCAGGGCCCGGGCCCAUUCUUAACCCUGCCCAUGGAUCAUUUCAAGAAACCUGUUUACUGUGUAGCCCCCAGGCAAAACAUGCUCCACAAGUCCAACUUGUAUAUUUGGCAAAUUAAACUUGACAUUAUCGUAA